AUCUCUGUCGGUCUCAAGACUCAAGCAGCAUGGCUCGCGAACGCACCUACAUCAUGAUCAAGCCGGACGGCGUGCAGCGCCACCUGGUGGGCGAGAUCAUCAAGCGCUUCGAGACCAAGGGCUACAAGCUCGUGGCUCUUAAGCUCGCUCGCCCGUCGGUUGAGCACCUGGAGGCCCACUACUCGGACCUGAGCGGCCGCCCCUUCUUCCCGGCUCUCAUCAAGUACAUGAGCUCGGGCCCCGUGACGUGCAUGGUCUGGGAGGGUACCAACGUUGUCCUUGAGGGCCGCAAGAUGCUCGGUGCCACCAAGCCCAGCGAGUCGGCUCUGGGCACGAUCCGUGGCGACUUCUGCGUGGACGUUGGCCGCAACGUGUGCCACGGCUCGGACUCUGUUGAUUCGGCCGAGAAGGAGAUCUCUCUUUGGUUCCCCGAGGGCCUCGUCGAGUGGUCCGCCAUGGACGACGAGUGGGUGUACGAGAACUGAAGUGUUAUCGCCCCAGUCGUCACUCCAACAGUGAAUGAAGCUGAGGUAGAGCCACCGCCUUCAGGGUGUGCGCACUGCAAUCUUCUCUAACUGUAAUCGUAACUCAGUAAUGAAAAACUCUGUCCUCGGAUGUCGCUCACAAGUCGACACUCUUGGAUUGCUUUUCUAUCUGAAAA